GUUCGUCUUAGAUUCUCGCUCGGCAUCUACUCAGCUGAGGCUGUCCGGCUUCAUGUGAUCCCUCUGGCCCCGCCAACUUCAAGCGAGCCAUUUGGCGUAGCCGACUUGACUGGCAGUCUUGAAGUCCAGCUCGACAGGCUUACCAACAAUCAGUCAGUUACCAUGGGUUGGCAGGUUAUUCCUUUCAAAGCCGAGCUGAUGCCACUCUGCUGUUCCAUUUCAGACAAGGACUCGUCGACUCCUCAUUCCACAUUCAAGACAGGCGCAAACGAAGCAGAAAUGACGUUGUCACAAAAUCAUAUCCCCUCGGCUGACCUGUUGGAGAACCUACUUUCUCACACGUUGGGAAUAGUCGGGAAGAAACGAUUUACUGCAUAUCGCGAUUGUUUACAUCUUAGUUUGCCCUCUUUGCGAGAUGGAGAUUCUGGCCGCGAAAAGAGCAGGUUUGUCUAG